AUGGAAGAAAUGCCCGACAGUGAAGGGGUAUCUUUCUGUCUCAGCUUCAAAUUCUACUCUUCCGGUAGAUGUGAAGAAACAGCUGCCAAAUUCACUGAGGAGAAAAAGCCACUGGAAACCUUGACCGACACUGAGGACGAUAUUGAUUUCACUUUCGUACUCGGCGAUUCGGACCUCAUCGCUGACGAGACCUCCGGUGAGGGGCAAAUUCGUCAACUUUUCCCCAUUUUCAACCCCGAUCUUCCAGUACGCAACGGCCUGGACCAAAGUGAUGGUAAGAAGCCGACUGGAUUGACUCUGAGACUUCCGUUGCAGAAAUUGUUCGCCGAUGAAUUGGAAAGUGUACCUGCGGGGGAGUACAGUGUAUGGAGGCCGAAAGCAGUCGAUUCUUCGAGUAGAUACAAGAAGUGUGGUUCGACUGGAUCGGCGUUGAAGCGGUGGAAGCUUCGCGAUUUGUUGUUACUUCGACGUCGAAGCAACAGCGAAGGCAAGGAGGGCUCGUCCGUGUUCAUGACUCCGAAGAACAGAGAGCUAAAGGCAGAGAAACAGGGGAGACUUGAGACUACGAAGGCGGGAAAAGAAAAGGCGAAGGAGAAGGUGUAUCGCUGCCGGCUCACGAAGUGUUUUACAAACGGAAUCCAGCAUGUAUGGCCGUAA